AUGAGUCUACAACAACACGCUAUGAAAUUAAAAAUUCUUAAAACAAUUCUCGGAAAGGAAGUGAAUGAAGGUGCAGGUGUUAAAGUGUGUAGAACCAUUGGUGGACCAACAGUUUCAGUUCAUGAUCCAUUCUUAUUAUUGGAUGAAGCUAAAAUACCAAAUGCUAAAAAUGGAUUUCCAGAACAUCCUCAUAAGGGAUUUGAAACACUUUCUUAUAUAUUAACUGGUCAAACUAGGCAUAGAGAUAGUUUGGGAAGAAGUGGUUAUUUAUCUUCUGGUGAUGCUCAAUGGAUGACUGCUGGUAGAGGAAUUAGACAUGAAGAAACACCAAUUGGAGAUGGACCUAUGCAUGGGUUUCAAAUUUGGAUUAAUUUAAAAUCUCAAGAUAAAUUAAUUGAUCCAUAUUAUCAAGAUUUAAGAGCAAGUGAAAUUCCAAAAAAGCAAAUUACGGAAAAUGUACUUUAUUCUGUUCUGGCAGGUAAAAGUAUUUCACAUGAUUUAAAUAGUCCAGUGCUUUUAAAAACUCCUGUAUUAGUAGGUCAUGUUAAAAUCAAUAAGAAGAAUGAAAAAUUCAUAGAAACAAUUCCAAAAGGAUUUCAAGGUUUAAUUUAUUUAUUUGAAGGAAAUGGAAUAUUUGAAAAUCAACAAGUUGUUGAAAAAUCUGCAGUUUUAUUCGAUGAAACAAUUGAAAAUACUCAAUUUGAAUUUGAAAGUACAUCUGAUCAAGUUCAAUUCUUAAUUUUAUCAGGUCAACCUAUUAAGGAACCAGUUGCAAGACAAGGACCAUUUGUUAUGAAUACGAGAGAGGAAAUUAUGCAAGCCUAUGAAGAAUAUUACUCUGGUGUAUUUUAA